AAAAGCAGUUAGAGACUGAUGUAGGAAAUGGAGUGAGAAUGGAUCACGAGUCAUGUGACUCAUGUGUGACUGAACGUGACCCGGUCAGUCUUGCGCCGGAUUUCUAAGCUCCAGAUCUUCCACCGCCAUCCGCUCUCAGCCAAAAGACACCAGCAUCGGUCUUGUGUCGACUUCACACCACCGCCCAUUCAGCUUCCACACCCUCAUAAGCCUUUUCAGCUACUGAGUGGGAUUGAUUUUCUCUUUUUUUGUUGUUGUCGAAGUCGCAUCUAUCUCUUUCUGCAUUCGCACGGAAGUUGUACAAGCGUCGCCACAUCUUCCACUCUUGAAUACCGCGUUUACGCAGCAGUACUCGCCCUCACCGUCAUCAAACCCGCUUCAAGCUCAAUCCACACUCCACCAAUUCACAAAUGAGCCGCGUACUUCCGUAUAUUGCUGCGAUCUCGCGGUCGCAACCCACCCAGCUCCUUGCGCCCGCUUCCCGGAACUUGAAUGCCGUCAUGCGCGCCCGGAUUGCGGCACCGUCCACGCUGGCAAUCUCGCGCCGCGCGUUCUCGCAGUCCAGCAUUCGGAGGGCGGGCAAGAAGUCUGACGACGACGGCGACAGCGAAAGCAAGAGCAAGAAGCCGUCAGCUGAGUCUUCUGAGAAGGAAAGCAAAAAGUCGAAGAAGGAUGAAGAUGCGAAAUCUGAGUCGAAGGAGGCCGCCGCUGACGAGAAGGCUUCUGCUGACUCGAAGAGCGAGGUCGUCACCAAGGAGCCUAAGGCUGUUCGUCACCGCAUACGCAAUACCGAAAGCAAAGCUGCUGCUGCUUCUUCGUCGGCGUCAGCACCAGCAGAUUCAACCCCCGAAUCAUCUUCGAAGGAAUCGAAGGAAUCGAAGGAAUCAAAGGAAUCGAAGGAUGUCAAGGAAAGCAAGAACGAGUCCGAGGCGAAAGAUUCCUUGAAGGAGAGGUUGACAUCAGGCCCGCUUGUGACGAUACGCACGGUCGGAAUUCCGUCCGACCAUGCAAGCGACUCGAGCUCCGGAAGUUUCGUCCCCGAAAACAUUACAGAGCUUAUGGCGCUGCCUAUCGUCUCCCGACCUAUUUUCCCUAAAUUUUACAAGGCCGUUGUGUUGCAUGACGAGCGACAUAUCGAAGCCAUUCUCGAGCUCAAGGAACGUGGAUUCCCAUAUGUCGGUGUCUUUUUGCAGAAGGAUCCUAAUCCGAAAACCGAGGCGAUCAUGGCCCCGGACGAGAUUUACUAUAAUGGUGUGCUAGCCCAGAUCACGAGCAUAUUUCCUCGAAACAUUUCCAGGGAUGGUGUUCAGAGUGAAGGCUUGACCAUCAUGCUGUACCCCCACAAGAGAAUCGAGAUUGAGGAGGUUUUUAUUGCCAAGCAUCCGGAGAAGCCAAUUGAGAGCCGGAGCGAAAGCGAAUCUUCUUCCACAACUGAUGUUACGAGCUUUGAUGUUGUUGCGGAUGGUGAGUUUGCGUGUGCGCCAGAGAAAGACCCAGUGGCUUUCCUGCGCGAUAGUGUCACGACUGUCCGUGUUAAGGACCGACCCGAUCUUCCCAUUGACAAGCAAGAUCCCACAGUCAAAGCUCUUAUGGGCGAAGUUGUCGCUCUCCUGAAGGAAAUUUCCAUGAAGAACCCGUCAUUCCGUGAUCAGAUCACGUCCUUCACUCUCAGUCUUUCGAACGGAAACGUUCUCGAAGAGCCUGUUCGUCUCUCCGAUUUUGCUUCUGCCGUCUGCGGAGGGGAUGCGCUAGAGCUGCAGGAGCUUAUGGAUAUUCGCGAUCCCGUGCAACGUCUCGAGAAGGGAAUUGUUUUGCUCAAGAAGGAGCUUAUGACUGCAAAGCUGCAGAACAAGAUCAGCAAGGAUGUCGAGAGCAAGAUCCAGAAGCGUCAACGAGAGUACUUCCUGAUGGAGCAGAUGCGUGUCAUCCGAAAGGAGCUUGGAAUGGAGUCAGAUGGCAAGGACAAGCAGAUUGAGAAAUUCAAGGAGCGCGCUGCGAAACUGAACAUGCCAGAGGCAGCGCAGGUCGUGUUUGAUGAAGAGCUCAACAAGCUUAUGAGUCUCGAGCCCUCGGGAUCAGAGUACAAUGUUACACUCAAGUACCUUGAUUGGAUCACUCAGCUGCCGUGGGGAAUCACGUCACCUGAGAAUUACUCUGUGAAGCACGCUGUCGAUGUAUUGGACGAAGACCAUUAUGGCAUGAAAGAUGUCAAGGACCGUAUUCUAGAGUUUAUUGCGGUUGGCAAGCUUCGUGGCAACGUGGACGGCAAGAUCCUUUGCUUCGUGGGACCGCCUGGUGUCGGAAAGACGUCUAUCGGAAAGUCGAUUGCCCGCGCUCUGGGUAGACAGUUCCAGCGGUUCAGUGUUGGUGGUUUGGCGGAUGUUGCAGAGAUCAAGGGUCAUCGACGAACUUACGUUGGUGCUCUUCCUGGACGUAUCAUUCAGUCUCUCAAGAACUGCCAGACUGAGAACCCGUUGAUUUUGAUUGACGAAGUCGACAAGGUCGGUCACGGUCAUCAGGGAGAUCCCAAGUCAGCCCUGCUUGAGCUGUUAGAUCCCGAACAAAACAACAGUUUCCUGGAUCACUACCUUGACAUCCCUGUCGAUGUUAGCAAAGUGCUGUUUGUCUGCACUGCGAACAUGAUCGACACGAUUCCGCAGCCCUUGCUGGAUCGUAUGGAGAUCAUCGAAGUCUCGGGUUACAUCGCCGAGGAGAAGAUGGCGAUCGCAUCAAAGUACCUCGUUCCUCAGGCUCGUGAGAACUCGGGACUGAAGGAUGUCAACGUUGAGCUGACGGAUGAGGCUAUCGAACGCCUGAUCAAGAGCUACUGCCGUGAGAGCGGUGUUCGAAACCUGAAGAAGCAGAUCGAGAAGGUGUACCGCAAGGCUGCGCUCGAAAUCGUCAAGGAUAUUAAGGAGCCUGAAGUUCUUGAGGCGAAAGUAAUUACUGCGGAAGCUGAAGCCAAGGCACCGGAGGUCGACGCCGAGAAGACAGCCAAGGUGGCGGACGCGAGCGCUGAGAAGGCAGCUCCCGAGCAGCCGCAGGUCCAGCCACUUGUUGUUCCGGACUCGGUGCAUAUCAAGUUGACGGCCGAGAACCUCGCUGAUUACGUCGGCCCACCAAUUUACACAUCCGACAAGCUUUACGACGAGCAGCCGCCUACUGGUGUUAUCACUGGUCUGGCAUGGACCCAGAUGGGCGGAACGUGUAUGUACGUGGAGUCCGUGGUGGAGGCGCCGCUGGUGCCUUCUUCGACGCAGAAUUUCAAGUACACCGGUAUGCUCGGCGACGUCAUGAAGGAGUCGACCGCGAUUGCCUACACUUUUGCAAAGAUGUUUAUCGCCUCUCAUUUCCCCGAGAACCGAUUCUUUGAGCACGCGCGGAUUCACAUGCACUGCCCCGAGGGCGCGACGCCAAAGGACGGACCGUCAGCUGGUGUCACGAUCUCGACCUCGCUUCUUUCGCUUGCGCUCAACAAACCCGUUGAUCCUGGCUUUGCCAUGACUGGAGAAAUCACUGUGACUGGCCGCAUCCUCCGCAUCGGAGGACUGCGCGAGAAGACUGUUGCCGCUAAGCGCGCUGGUGCAAAGACCGUCUUCUUCCCCGCCGGUAACGUAGCAGACUGGGAAGCCCUCCCGAACGUCGUCAAGGAGGGAAUCGAGGGUGUCCCGUGCCACUUCUACAGCGACAUUUUCAACCGCUGCUUUGCGGGCAUCUCGCAAGAAGAAGGAAACAAGGUCUGGUUCUCCAAGCUCGGCGACCCCAACGAUCCGGCUACGCAGCAGCAGCAGAAGCAGAACCAGCAGCAGAACCCGACGAAAGAUGGCGGGCUCGGCGACUUGUUCCCGCCUUUGGGGGGGAGUGUGAACACUGAGAUUCGUGCUGCGUACGAGUACACCGGAGAUCGACGAUUCUGA